AUGGGUACCGCAGAGCCCAUCGGGAUCUCCCCGCAUUGGGGGCCGGCGUGGUGCGAGAACAGGUGCGGCGUGCUGCAUCGGCCGAUCCGCGUGUUCGUGAUGUGGUACGGCGUGUUCUCCAACGCUCAGAAGCAGACGGUUCGCUCCUUCGUCGCAUCGCUCAGCCCCAACGCUGACUCCGCCGUCACCGGUAGGCCGUCCCAUGAGGAUUCGCAGAGAAACCACGAGCCUAGGAAAAUGUUUGGCCAAACCCCUAAUGCAUACGAUGGCAACCACAUAUCGCAAUCCGUGACGUGGGGCGGCGAGGUGGAGGACAGGGCGUACAGCAAAGGCAAGACGCUUCUCACAGGCGAUGUAGAGGACCUGCUUGGGUCGGCCAUCAGCAGCCAACAACUGCCGUACGACCCUCGUGCCGUCUACUUCCUCCUCUCGGACGCGUUUGUCACACAGAAAUGGGGCGACAAGAGCACGUCCUAUCAAUUCUGCAGAAAUUUCUGUGGGUGGCACCACUACUCACGGGCCGACAAUUAUGGCGAGUACAUCUACUCAUGGGCCGGCAAGGCAGACCUGAUCUGCCCCUUCGCCUGCAUUCCUAAAGACAUUCGCGACGACGCGUCCUUCGCCCCCACGGGCGAUCCCGGCAUGGAUGGCCUCGUGUCUGUCUUCGCCCACGAGUUUGCAGAAGCCACCUCCAGCCCCUUCAUCUCCACGUGGUUCGACGGGGACGGCUAUGAGAACGCCGACAAGUGCGCCUGGAAGUUCACCCCCCUUAGCUCUGACGCCUCUGGCAUCAAGUACAACCUGGAAUCCCAGCCUGCUCCUCCGGGCAGCCCGCCAGGCAGGCUCAAUCCGACGCAGUUUCGCGGUCUGCGCGACGAUGAGAGCAACGGGCAGCACAUGAUGGCGGGGAGAUACACAGAGAUCGGCGAGCACGCAGACAGGAAUGGAGCGGCCAAAAGGAGGUUGAUGACGGAGAGUUCGGCGAGAGGGAGAGGCAUCGCCGGCGCUAUAGAAGCUACAUUAGGAGCUCAUUUAACGGGCCCAAAGGCUUUGAGAGAAGAUUCUUUGGGGAGGACGAACGGCGCGGGGCGGGGCAUGGCCAAUCUCGAGACGCAACGUGCAUCAGCAGUGGCAGGAGCAGCAGGGGUAGAAUCUACGGUAGACAUUGGCAAGCCGACAUUCGGCAUUUCGCCGCAUUGGUGCGCGGACGGGCUGUGCGGCGUGCUGCAUCGGCCGAUUCGCGUGUUCGUGAUGUGGUACGGCGUGUUCUCCGACGCUCAGAAGCAGACGGUUCGCUCCUUCGUCGCAUCGCUCAGCCCCAACGCUGACUCCGCCGUCACUGUGCCGCUGUGGUGGAACGUGAACCGGCAGUAUCACGAUCAGGCCGGUCGGCGGGUGACGGAAACCGUCACGUGGGGCGGCGAGACGGACGACGCAGGAUACUCCCGAGGCGCCACGCUCCACGACGCUGACGUCACCGCGCUCAACGCUGACGUCACCGCGCUCAACGCUGACGCCAUCACGAGCGGGAGGCUGCCUUAUGACGCGGAUGGGGUGUACUUCGUGCUGUCGGACGCGAGUGUGGCGCAGGCGGGCUCCGACAAUCCCCAGGCGGACCGCUUCUGUGUGGCGUUCUGUGGGUGGCACUUCUUUGGCUCCGCCCCUGGCUUUGGCACGUUCAUUUCCGCGUGGACGGGCAUGGCGGACCUGCAGGUGCGUGGUGCCCCACAUCGUGCAUCGCUCACCCCCACGGGCGAUCCCGGCAUGGAUGGCCUCGUGUCUGUCUUCGCCCACGAGUGCCCCGCCUCGUGCAUAGCAGCAGACAUCCGCAGCAACGCGUCCCUCGCCCCCACGGGCGACCCAGGCAUGGAUGGCCUCGUGUCUGUCUUGGCCCACGAGCUCGCAGAGGCCGCUGCCAGCCCCUUGGUCUCCCUUUUAAAACGCCCCCCCCUGCUUCCUCACCUCUCUGUUGAACGCCCUUUGUUCCCCGCUCGCAUCUCCCUCUCUCUCCCCCUGCAGUGCCCUGCCUCGUGCAUAGCGGCUGACAUCCGCGGCAACGCCUCUCUAUCCCCCACGGGCGACCCCGGCAUGGAUGGCCUCGUGUCUGUCUUCGCCCACGAGCUCGCAGAGGCCGCUGCCAGCCCCUUUGUCUCCACGUGGUUUGACAGCGAUGGGGAGGAGAACGCUGACAAGUGCUCGUGGAUGUUUGCCCCUAUUCUCACAGACCCAUCAGGAGCGCGCUACAACCUGGUGGGCGUCAACGGCUCAAAGUUCCUCAUCCAGCACAACUGGGACCUCGCCUCUGCCUCCUGCCACCUCACCCUCCCAUACCCACCUCCCCUCUCUCCUCCACCACCCUCGCAACGCCGCCUGCGCCCCUUACCCACCUCCCCUCCACCCGUCACCAUAAACCAAGCGGCAAAGAGCAUUGUGUCGAGGGUGAAAGCAGUGCUGGCAGGGCGAGGUAGACCGGGGAGGAGAAGACCCCCUCGGCCCCCCGUGGUGAGAGUGCAUCCCAGCACGGGUAAUGGCGGAUAG